CUUUAAGGCGCGGUGAUCCCACGGCAUCCUCGGGCGGGGCGGGGACAGUGCAGGCGCCACCAGCGGAGGCGAAUGCGAGGGAGGUAGUGCGCGGUGUCGGGCCCCACCAUGCUGACCGCGCUCACCCCGCCAGCCGUGCCUGGGAUCCCGAGGCAGCUGCCCACGGCCCCCACGCGGCGCCAGGACUCCUCCGGUUCGUCAGGCUCCUACCACACGGCUCCGGGUUCUCCAGAGCCCCCGGACGUUGGGCCGGACGCGGAAGGGCAAGCGAACUGGCCCUGGGUGGCCCCUGGGCGGGGGGCGGGCGCACAGCCUCGCCUGUCCGUCAGCGCCCAGAAUAGCCGCCAGCAGCACUGGCCCGGCUCGGGUUUCCCGCGAGGCCCGGGCUCCGGCCCGCGGCCACCCCAGCCCCAGCUGCGCACGCUGCCGUCGGGGGAGAUGGAAGUCAUCUUCGGCGUCGGGCCCCUGCUGAGCCGCUCCGGCGCGGAGGAUCGCGAGGUGCAGCAGCUCACGGAGCCGGCUUUCGGCAGCCCCUUACCGCCAGGCCCGGCGUCUCCCGCCGCUGGCCCACUGCAGCCCCAGGCCCCCGACGGUGGCUCUCGCUGGGCCACAUACCUGGAGCUGCGACCCAGCGGGCCGAGUCCUGCCUCCCCAACGCAGUUCGAGUGUGUGGAAGUGGCGCUGGAGGAACGCACCGCGCCCGCCAAGCCCCGGACGGUGCCCAAGCGUCAGAUCGAGCUGCGCCCCCGGCCCCAGAGUCCCCCGCGGGUGGCUGUCGCGCCGCGCCCCCGACUGCUCCUGCGCACCGGCUCCCUUGACGAGUCACUGAGUCGCCUGCAGGCCGCGGCGGGCUUCGUGCAGACAGCGCUGGCCAAAAAACUGAGCCCCGAGGCCCCAGCCCCUAGCAGCGCCGCCUUUGAGCCCACAGGACGGUCGGAACCUGCGACCCGGGAAACGGCCCGCAGCACUCGUGUGGUCUUGGAGAAGGCUAAGUCUCGGCCGCUUCGUGUACAAGAUAGUUCUGCCCCAGCAAAAGCCCCACGGCCGUGGCCCAGCCUCCGAGAGCGCGCUAUCCGGCGCGACAAGCCCGCGCCCGGGACCCAGCCGCUGGGUCCUGUAAGUUCCAGCAUCUUCCUACAGACAGAGGAGAAGAUCCAGGAGGCGCGCAAGACUCGGUUCCCGCGAGAGACUCCGGGUCGAACAGUCCCGAGGGCACGGAGUCCGCCUUUCGAGUCUAUAGUCCCCUGGGAGGUUCCAAGCAGGACUGUGAAGCCAAGAAGCCCGUCCCCGCCGUCGCAGACUCCCAAUGGAGCUGUGCCAGGGCCUCACUGCCCAUCCCCCCAGAACCUGUCCCCGUGGGAUCGGACCAUUCGGAGGAGGGUGAGUAGCCCGUCGUUCCCAGAAGCAUCCUCCGCGUGGGAAAAUCAGAAUCCCGCCGUCGAAGAAACUGUUAGCAGGAGAAGCCCUUCGCCUCCGACCCUUUCCCAGUGGAACCUGGGUGUUGCUAGAGCAGAAAACCCCUCCCCCAAAGCUCCUUCACAGUGGGUGAUUCCACAUCCUGCAGUUGGGGAUGAGGAAGAGCUGGAUAGGAGCCCGUCCCUGCCGACCUUGUUCCCGUGGGAAGCUCAGGAUCGUCCUACUGGGACUCGGAGCCCAUCGCCCCAAGAGACGUGGGAUCCCGUGGUGCCGGGCUCCUCCGUAGUAUUUACGCGGGAAGCUCAAAAUGGCGAAGCUCAGGAAUUGGUGCCAUCUACACCAUCAGCACCCGGGACUCCAGAACCAACGGAGGUGCAGACGCCAUGCACACAGGAGAUUCCAGAUCUUGCCUUCCGAGGCAGUCAGCCGUCGCCAGAGACCACUGCACCGGAGCCGCCCUGCAGUCACCUCGUGGGCACGUUGGACGCCGAUGCUCCUCCAGAAGCCUUGGGCCAUGGAGAAGCGGCCUCGGGACGCCAGCGUGUGGCCAUUCCGCGGCCCAGAGACGUGCGCAAGAUGGUGAAGACCACGUACGCGCCCAGCUUCCCGGCGGGAACCGCCGGCUCAGGGCUGCCUGCGCCUCCUGCUGACCCCUGCGGGGAGGAGGACUGCGCAUCCAAGACACAGGAGCUUCAGGCGCUGGGGCCCCCCGCUCCGGCUCACUACACUUCCAUUUUUCUUAAGGACUUUCUGCCGGUCGUGCCGCACCCCUACGAGCCUCCAGAGCCACUCCUCGACACAGUCCCGCGGGACGCCUCGAAGCCCAACGGGGUCGUACGGCGGAGAGCAGAGAACAGCACGGCAAAACCCUUCGCGCGCACAGAGAUCCGCCUGCCUGGUGCCCUGGCCUUGGGCCGCCGGCCCGAGGUAACCCCGGGGGUCCGAGUGCGCGGUCCUGGCGGAGAGAACCGGGGUGCAGAGCCGCAUCGCCUCGUCCCCGAUGGCGAGGGUCGGACCAGCCCUCUAGGCGGCGCUCGCAACUCAUCCCAACGGUCCCCCAUAGAGCCAGCCGGGGCCCGACCACCCCGCCCCAGCUCCCCACAGGCACACCCCAACUCGAGCCCUGAGGUGGUACCCAAACUGGAGACACCCCCGGAGGCCCCCGAGCCCACGGCUGCCGUCCAGACGCCCCUGCCGCAGGAGCCCCCGGCGUCGGCCGGCAGGAUAGCCCCUGCCCAGCCUCGCGCUGCCUCGGCGCCUCCCACGGACCGGUCCCCGCAAGGCCCCUCCCAGGGGGUGCGCAGGCUGCCCGGGGCCGCGCACCCGGGGAAGGUCCUGGUGGACCCGGAGAGCGGCCGCUACUACUUUGUGGAGGUGCCGCGGCAGCCUCGGCUGCGGCUGCUCUUCGACCCCGAGAGCGGGCAGUACGUGGAGGUGCUGCUGCCGCCCGCGUCCCCCGGGCCACCCCGUCGCGUCUACACCCCAUUGGCCCUGGGUCCCGGCCUCUACCCGCCCGCCUAUGCGCCUAUCCAAGGCCUCUCACUGCCACCGUCCCCGGGCCCGCCGGCUCUCGGCAGCCCCCAGCUACCCUGGGCCUCUGAGGCGGGCGCCCUGGACGGGAUGUACUACCUGCCGGUGAGCGGGACCCCCAGCCCCACACCUCCUCUGCUCCUCUGUGCCCCGCCCUGCAGCUCGGGUACCACCCAGCCUGGCAAGGGCUCCUUGUUCCCGUUGUGAGGCCCCGGGGCCUGAUCUCCGUGGAGUUGGGGCUCUCGGAUGGCCUUGGAGGUUCUGGCAUCUAGUCCCUUUCCCUCCUUUCCUUCCGUCACCUCUUUCUUUGG